AAUAAACAAAUAAAAAAUUAUUUUUAUAUAAAUAAAAUUUUAAUGGAAACUGUAAAAAAACCAACUGUGAGUUUAAAAUCACCAAUAAUGGGUGUUUUUUGUUAAAAAGAAUUUGAGUAACUAACUAAAAAAGAAUAAAUUUAUAGCUAUUAUUUUUCUUAAGCUGCAUGGGAAGGUUCUAAAAUAUGCUAUUUUUAAAAAUCAUACGAAAGUCCGGCAUUAUUUAUAAUUUUGUAAUUAACUUUUAGUGGUCAAACAAUUGACUAAUUAAGAAAAAAAUCUAUAGAAAAUGGUAUAACAGAAGAUUAAUUUAAUUAAUUUGUUGUCUAUUCAGCUGCUGUUUUUAAUAACUGUGGUAAUUAUAAUAGUUUUGGAGAUGAUAAAUUCAUUCCUGAAGUAAACGAAAUAACUUUUUAAAAAAUAUUAUCUCUUUCUGUAAAUUUUACAACAACAUACGGAAGCCUUAUAACAAAUAUAUACAAUGAAAUAAAGCCAUAUUUAUAUGAGCAUACUAAAAAUCUUAAAAGAAUUGGAUUACCACCUAAUGAAGGCUCAACUGGAUAUUAUUCAUCUAAUUUAUGUAAUGAAGAAAUAGAAAUCAUUGAUGAACUUUUGUAAAUUUUAAAUAUUAGUUCUCUUAAUACUCGUAUUGUGAAAUUUUGUGAAAAUAAAUAUGCAGUUUUAGUCGCUUCUGUCAAUUAAUAAAAGAUUUCUCAUAUUUAUAAAAAAAAAUAGAUUGAUAUUUUAUUUGGAGAUUUUUCUCCUUUAAUCAGAAGAAUUACUUAAUCUCUUGAGAAAUCACUUCCUUUUGUGGCUAAUAAAACUUAAGAAAAAAUGGUUAAAAAAUACAUUGAACAUUUUAAUAUUGGAAAUAUUGAUAUUCAUAAAGAAUCUUAAAUAUUCUGGGUCAAAGAUGUAAAUCCUGUUAUUGAAACUAAUAUUGGAUUUAUAGAAACUUAUUUAGAUCCAAAAUAAUUAAGAGCUGAAUUUGAAGGAUUUGUAGCUGUAGUAGAUAAAGAUAGGUCAAAAAAAACUAAAAAUUUUGUAGAUUAAGCUGAGAAGUUUUUAAGCAUGCUUCCUUGGCCAAAAGAUUUUGAAAAAGAUCAUUUUUUAUAACCUGAUUUUACAUGCUUAAGCGUUUUGGCUUUUGGAUCUGCUGGAACACCUUUAGGAAUUAAUAUUCCAAAUUAUGAUGAUAUUAGAUAAGAGGAAGGAUUUAAAAAUGUGUAUUUAGGAAAUUGUAUAACUUCUCCUAAGGAAAUUUUAUUUUUAGACUAAGAAGAUGUGGAUAUAAAAGUUAAAAAUUUUCCUGCUGUUAUUUAUCAUAAGGUCAUUUUCCAUGAAUUAUUAGGACAUGGAUGUGGAAAAUUAUUUAAAAAAGGAAAUUAUGACGCAGAAAAUAUUAUAAACCCUUUAACAAAUGAAAAAGGAAUUAAUAAAUGCUAUGGAGAAAAUGAUACUUGGAAUUCUGUUUUCUAAAAUCUUUCUAAUCCUUACGAAGAAUGCAGAGCUGAUUCUGUGGCUUUGUAUUUCAGUUGCUUUAAAGAGGCUAUUGAAGUUUUAUAACCUGAAUAAUUGGAAAAUUGGGAAAGUAUUAAUAUUGCUACUUUCUUAGAAUUCAUUUAUUAAGCUUUGAUUGGACUGUAAUUCUAUAAUGUAGAAGAUAAAAAAUGGGGAUAAGCUCAUAUUAAUGGCAGAUGGGUCAUUUUGUAAGUUUUAUUAGAAGGAGGAAAUGGAUUUGUAACUGUUGAAAAAUGUUAACACCCUGAAAAUAAAGAAAAAGAUUGGAUUAAAGUUCAUAUGGAUAGAACUUAAAUUAGAACGACAGGAUUAGAAAGUAUGAAAAAAUUCCUUUUAAAAUUAUAAGUCUAUAAAUCUACUGCUGAUUUCGCUGAAGCUAAAAAAAUGUUCGAUAAUUAUUCUUAAGUUAAUGAAAAGUUUUUGGAAAUUAGAAAAAUAAUCAUAGAUAAUAAAAAGCCAAGGAGAUUAGAAGUUUAAGGUAAUUUAUUGAUGGAUUAUUCUGGAAAACUUAAUUAUAAAAUUUAUGAGGAAAAUUUUGACGGAGUUAUUUAAAGUUAUAUUGAAAGAUUCCCUUAUUUCGAUUCAGAAAUGUUCGAUUUAUGGAAUAAAUAUAGAGAAAUAUAUAAACCUGCAAUAUGAUUAUUUACAUUUAGAAUAAAAAAUAUUAAUUAUUAUUAAUUUUUAAAUAAAAUACAAUAUUUAUAA